AUGUCGGAGACAAAAGCAUUAUGGGCACCUGUGAAAUGGGCACAACGAAAGGACGCACUGUAUGUAACGGUGGAUUUACCAGAUGUUAAGGAUGAAAAGGUGACACUUGAUAGCAAAAAUCUUACAUUUAAGGGUAUGAGCAAUGGUAAAUUGUAUGAAGUAUCUUUGGAUUUUUUCAAGGACGUGGAUGCGGAAGCAAAGGACAGUAUUUGGGCAAAAACGGAUCGUAAUGUGCAUUUUCAUAUUGUCAAGAAGAAUCAAGAGGAGGAGUUUUGGCCACGUUUAUUGGCUGAUAAACAUCUUGAAAAGACCAAUGUGAAAAUUGAUUGGACGAAAUUUGUGGAUGAAGAUGAAGACGAAGAACAAAGUGGUUUUGACAUGAGUGCAUUGAAUGGUGGUGGUGGAUUUGACAUUAACCAGAUGAUGGCAGCACAAAAUGCUGCUGGUAUGAUGGGGGAGGGCAGUGAAAGUGAUGACGAUGAUGAAGAACUGCCGGAUCUGGAUUCGAACGACAAGUAG